AUUCAGUGAUUGCUUGCCGGUGAUUACUCGCUGGCACCUGGUGAUCAAGGAGCAUCACCGACAGAGGGAGAGAACUGUAUGUAAACAAUACAGUUCUUUCCCCUGUCAGCUCCUGCACACUGCUUUGCAUGGCUCUGCAUAGCAGAGCCAGUUGAAAGCACAAACACAGCCCACAGUAAAACAGCACACAGUUAACCCUUUGAUCACCCCUCAUGUUAACCCCUUCCUGCCCAGUGCCAUUAGUACAGUAUCAGUGCUUUUUAUUAGCACUGGUCGCUGUAUUGGGGUCACUGGAGAUGUCAGUGACACCAAGUCAGUUCCCCCCAGUGUCAGAAUGCCCUCCGCAGUCCCACUAUAAGUCGCUG